AUGUCGUCGACCGCUUCGUCCUCGCCGAUACCGAGCAGCGUGCUGUCGAGCAAGAAUAACUUCAACUUUAUUGCAUCCUUCUCGCCGGUGAAGGAUGUUUAUAACAAAUCGGUUUCGACCAGUUCCAACUAUUCUUCCUCGUCGUCGUUGGUGUCCACGGCGAGUUCAGCCCGACCGCAGUCCCAACAGUCACAUCAAUCGCACCAGCAGCAGGGACAGCAACAGCAGCAGCAGCCAGGUGAUUCGGGCACGGGAGUUCCAGUCCAGCGGUCGGCAUCGUUCAACGCCGCCUGUACGGUUCCGUUAAGCAUAAGUAAAACUACGCAGGUCAAAAAUUCUGCAUCGUUCAGUAACUGUUCACUGCUAUCUAAAGUAGCGAAGAAGUCCGGUUUGAGCGGAUCGUUAACGGCAUCGUCGCUGUUGAAAUUUUCGGCCUCGAAUUCGGCGAACAGUUUGUUGCAGUUGAAGCAGCAGCAGCAAGCCAACGGAAUUACGAUAUCGAGCAACAUCACCGAGGCCCUUGCUAUGGCCGGUCAGAAUCCCAACCCCUGCCUAUCGACUUCUUCGUCCGGGCAGCUAAAGAACUCUCCUUCGGCUUCGUCAUCCACGUCGCUGGCUUCGUCUACGACCUCCACUGUGACGGCAGCCGCGGCGGCCGCCGGAGCAGUGCCCACUACUAGUUCCUCCGCUGCCGUUACUGCUGCAUUGUCGCUAUCCCAGUUCAAUAAGAAUAACAUUGUUGAUUAUUAUGUCUAAUAUUAAGCAAACCUGUAGCUAUUAAGACUAGGGAAAAAUAUACAAACUUUUAUGAUUCAGUUUGUUUUAGGUAGAACACUGCACGGUUUACUUAUAUGCUGUAAAUGUUUGAUGGAAAUUAUGUUGAUAUUACUAAACUGGCAAUUGUACUAACGUAUGCUAAAUAUAUCAAAAAUGUAUGAAAACAUAAGUUCGGUUUUAUAUUUUAGAUAACCAAAACUUUGGGAUGUUUAUAUGUUCGAGAACAAUCGCUUGAUUCGAGAUUGGUAUGAUAUUAAAUGUCAUGGAAAAAAUGUCUUCUUUGUCUAAUUUAUAUUAAUUUCUUAAGGUUUCCCAUCAAAUGUUCACAAUAUAUAAUUCAAGCGAGUUUUUAUGUUUUUAAAACUAUAACGUUGAUCAGGUGGUGCACACAAUCAUCAAACCCUUCGUAGGCUGCUCUCCCUUGUGUACCACUAAAGGAAUGGAAUACACCGAACGAAAACUAAAGGGAACAAUCAUAAGUCCCAAACGACCAGAUAUUUAGGCUAACACUAAGUGGAUUAAUACAAACUAUUCUAAUAUGUACCUACUAGAACAGCGACAAAAAGUAAGACACACCCAUAUUUAGGGUUUAAUGCUAUUCGAAUACCAUACAUAUGACAGAAAAAUAAAGUUCUUUUUUACCUUCCGAACUUGAUCGAAAACAAAAACUAAUCAUUCUACCAAGGACCAGUGAACGAGCUGGUAAAUUGUUACCGAAGUAUUGUGCAUAAAAGUCAAACCUUCCCCUCCCGAGUAAUAAUUCCUAUAUUUGUAAAACGCCAUAAUCGGCAUAAAACGUUGAAACAGUUGAUUAAAUUCUUAUAAAAAUAUGUAUGAAGCCAAAGACAAUAAAUACAUACAAAACAAGUACGAACUGAAAAUAAGCCAAUUUCUUCUUUGCAAUAUAUAAAUCCAGAAUUUUACUUUACAGAACGUCUUUCUCAACUGGCUAACUUCUUUCUAUCCUUUCUUCUACCACUGUGAGUUCCUUCCAACAACUGCAUUUUCUCCGAAUUUCAAACUACCAAUUUCAACAGAGAAAACUAAGUGUACUAAGCAGAAAUUCUUAGCUUUAGGGAAUCCGUAUCCGUAAGAGUAUUGUUGACUAACAAAACGUCCCGAUAAUCAUGUUGUAGGGCGGCGGACACAGGUAGGAGCACACAGGUUUAAGCGUUGAUCGAUGAUUGUUUCCUCGUGUUAGAGAACCGCAUUUUGCUUUAACUUAACCAAAACAGAGAAAACGAAAGAACGGAGUUACAAACCCCCCUGGACCCAAGUUGCAAGUUUAAAUCCUCUAAUUAUAAAAAAAAUAACAUGAUAUCGUCAUUGACGCAGUAAAACAUUUGAAGACUUUAUACAGAGGAAAAAAGAUAUCGAAUAAACUACCAUAUUAGAGGGAUUAUUACAAACUAAAUUGACUUACCGAAGUAAAAGUUUACACACACUCGACGAAAAUGAUUAGAGCAAUUUCUAUGCGCAACGGCAGCAAAAGUGUGACGCGGUGCGCGAAAUUUGUUAGCAGUUGAUUCAAGUUGAAGCUUAGUGAUAAGACUACUAUUGAUAAUGACAGGGCAGAUGAAUAAGAAACCUAUUGUAAAUCAGUGAUUGAAAUAAAUAAAACUGAAGAAAAUCAUGAUUUU